AUGUUAUCACGAAUUGUUAGCCACAAUUUGGGGAGACCCACUACAUAUACAGCAUCUCAAAUUGGUAAGAGAUUUUCAUCCAUAAUUUCGGUUCAUAGAGAAACAAAAGAAGACAAUACAAAUAUCCCAUUUGAGUUCAACUCUGAAAAUAAAAAGAGAGCAGAAGAGAUUAUAAAAAAGUAUCCACCACAGUACAAGAAAUCAGCAUGUAUGCCUUUAUUGGAUUUGGGACAACGUCAAUUAGGUUUCACUUCUAUAUCGGUAAUGAACUAUGUUGCCAAAUUGUUGGAUAUGCCCCCAAUGAGAGUAUACGAAGUUGCUACUUUCUACACAAUGUAUAAUAGACAUCCUAUGGGUAAGUACAAUAUCCAGGUAUGCACCACUACACCAUGUCAACUAUGUGGCAGUGAUGGCAUAAUGAAGGCUAUAAAGGAUGAGUUGCAAAUCAAGCCGGGACAAACUACCCCCGAUAAGCUAUUCACAUUACAAGAAGUAGAAUGUUUAGGUGCUUGUGUGAAUGCACCAAUGAUAGCUAUAAAUGACGAUUACCAUGAAGAUUUAACACCCGAGGCUACAGUUGCUCUUCUAAAACAAUUGAAAGAGGGUAAAGAAUUGACUGAAGUAGGCCCAGUAUUGAAUAAGAGAAAAUCAUGCGAACCAUUUAGCGGUCAAAAAGUCUUACUUGAAUCACCACCAACAUCGCCUUCGGCUCCUGUUGGUGGAAAAAGCUCAAAGGGGUAUUUGAAGCCGAAGGUGUCGCCUUCGGCUCCUGUUGGUAGAAGAAGCUCAAGGGGGUAUUUGUCACCUUCGGCUCCUGUUGGUAGAAGAAGCUCAAGGGGGUAUUUGUCACCUUCGGCUCCUGUUGGUAGAAGAAGCUCAAGGGGGUAUUUGUCACCUUCGGCUCCUGUUGGUAGAAGAAGCUCAAGGGGGUAUUUGUCACCUUCGGCUCCUGUUGGUAGAAGAAGCUCAAGGGGGUAUUUGUCACCUUCGGCUCCUGUUGGUGACACUUUUACUCUCUACUCUACUCCAUCAACUAUAAUGUUGGUGUAG